AUGGGCAAGGAAGACCACUCAUGCUUUGCUACGGUGUUCGACGCCGACGUAGCUGUUAUCCCCCUGCAUUUGAGGUUUUUCCGGGCGGCGGUGCUGGCCGAGCUCGGCCGCGAUGGCCGGCAGUGGGAGUGGCUGAAGCCUUCUGCUGAAGAGGUGGCGGACAGGCUCGCCGACUGCGAUGAACUCGUUCGAGAUAAAGUGCGCGACACCGUCCGGGACAGCGACGCGGGCUCUGGCCUCCUAUCAAUGAGCGCGCUGUGCUGGGUGGUGAAGAGGAUGGAUCGCCUGACCGGCGACGACCGUCGCUGUGCGACUAGCAUGGACAAGGUUCUCGUUUUGGGGUUGAAGGAGCUGCGGAUUUGGAUGAUCACAUUCAUCAAGGAACAUGUCGCACGCAAACGGUCAGGCCAUGUCGGAGUUGUUGCCGACACCUUUGACGACGACGCCACGGAGCCCCCUUCGACAUCCCAAGCAGUCGGUGUCGCCGACACUAGCGGAGAGGCCGGAGACGGCGUCGACAAGGCAGAUGAGGAGGCAGAAAGGGCUGUGGCGAGGACCGCAGACCAGGAAGAGGAGGAGGAGGAUGCCACCGAUGAUCAGGAUGAUAACGAGGAGGAGCGUGAGGAGCGUGAGCAGGGGCAUGGGCAGGAGGAGGAGGAGGAGGAGGAGGAGGAGGAGGAGGAGGAGGAGGAGGAGGAGGAGGAGGAGGAGGAGGAGGAGGAGGAGGAGGAGGAGGAGGCGGCGGCCAAGCUGGCAUUUCCAAAAUAUUUGGACAAAUCAAUUUGCAACCGAUAG